UUUUUUAGUCGUCCAAACACCUCCAUCAACACCUCCACCUCUUUCAUUACCUCCACAACCGACUUCUCAAAUACCAUUAACAUUACCUAUGGUAGCUUUGCCUCUAUGUCAAAAUAGCUGGCUUUCAAUUGCAUCAGCACGUCUUUGUCCUGUUCAGACUUUGGAUACGACUAUUAAUGGACAAUCUCUUCUAACCUCUCCUAAUGCUGCUCAAUUACAAACUCCAACAUCGUUUGACGCUACUGCAGAAUUACAAAAUUAUUUAUCUAGUUCGCCUUCGGUAAAUGGACUUUCUCAACCACCAAUGCCUAGGUAUAUAGCAAGUUUAAUGAAAAUAACAACGUGA